AUGGCAUUUGACGAAGCUCUAGAAACAUUCGGAGUAAAAUUUAUUAAGCAGAAUGUUACAGGUAAUGUUAUAGAUCAGGAAAACCUUAAGCGACAAGUGAAAGCAUCUCAGUCAGAGUAUGAACGAAUAGAAUUAUUUUUGAAUGAAUAUUUGCAUAACAAUACCUCUACUAAUCAUGAACGAUCAACAAAUUUAAGAAAAGAUGAAAUGUGGAGUUUGGUGGAGAAAUUGUUGAUAGCUUUUGAUACCAAAGAUUUCAAUCAUUAUAAUCAAACACAUGAUCUUUUCCAUACUUCAUAUCCAAAAGAGAUUCAUGCUGAUGGAAUAAGACGAUUAAAGGAAUGCUAUAAGCGGGGACUUCACCGUAUACAUCUCAUAUAUGCACAAGAAGUGUUAAAAAAAGAAAAAAUUGAUACUACAGGACGAAGGGUAAAAGAAGUAUUAGUUACCAAAUGUAAAGAUAUUGAAAAACCUCCCAGAAAAAGAAAAAACACAAAUAUUUUAGAUAACCAACCUGGAUCAUCUGAUGAACCACCUAAGAAGCGAGUACGUCGAAUUCCAUCAAAAGAAGCUGUUGAAAUACUUGCCCCGAUGGUGGCCCAUUCUUUACCACCUACUAAAGAAGAAGUACAACGAUAUCUUGCUGCACUUGAAGGUAUAUCUUCAUCUUCAGAUAUUUGGGACGCAGCUCGAUUAACUCAGUAUUAUAAAAAUCGACAUAAAAAAGCUAAAUAA